AUGGAUUCUGAUAAUGGCACAGUGUCUCCAUAUUGGGGUUUGGGUAAUAUUACAAAAAACGAAGAACAUCACUUUGAAGAAACAAAACAGACUUACAUUUAUCACGUGGCUUUUAUAUGCCUGACACUAUACGUUGGAGUAAUUUGCCGAGAAUGGCUGAAAAGACUACGAUUUCCCUACACAGCUUUUCUAUUUCUCUUCGGGUGCAUUCUGGGAGUUGUAGACCGCAACCUAAAGCAAUUCAGAAUCAUGACAGACUUGGCAAAGUUCGAUUCCCGCCUCAUGAUGCACAUAUUCCUGCCAGUCAUCAUAUACGAGUCGGCCUAUUCAUUGGAUCCUCACAUGUUCUUCAUGGCACUCACUCAGUGUUUACUAUUGGCUGUUCCAGGAUUACUAUUAUGCACUUCGUUGACUGCUGUCUUCGCAAGGUACAUACUUGGUGAAUAUGGAUGGGAUUGGAGCAUUUGCUUUGUUUUCGGAGCGAUUUUAAGUGCAACCGAUCCAGUUGCUGUUGUCGCUCUACUUAAAGAAUGUAGUAUUUCUUCCAGCCUAACCACGCUCAUCGAAGGAGAAUCAUUACUGAACGAUGGAACCGCCAUCGUUUUGUUUGAUUCUUUGAUAAAAGUAUACGAAGGGGGCGAGUUUUCUGUGGAAAGAAUCGUUUCUACUUUCCUCUACGACUGUGGCGUAUCCAUAGCAGUUGCAUACCUUAUAUCCAAGGGCACUGUGAUUCUGCUCAAAAGAAUAGAACUGGACACAGAUAUCGAAGUCACAUUCACCUUCUGCAUUGCCUACCUAACUUACUACACAAGUGAAGUCACUCUCGGGGUCUCAGGCGUCCUCUCAGUGGUCGUUUUGGGCGUCAACGUGGCUUCCUACAAAAGCAGUAUCAAUUAUGAAACGGAAGAAACGAGCACGAUUCAUCAAUUCUGGGAAACACUCAGCUUUUGGGCAAACACAUUGAUAUUCACCUUUGUAGGUAUUAUCAUAGCAUCUCGGAGUGUCAUAGAUUUUGGUGAUGUUGGAUUCAUAAUUGCCACCUACGCUGCUGUCACAUUUUUCAGAGGUGUCAUGAUUGCUGUUUUGAGUCCUGUUUUGCAAUCAAUUGGUUACGGUUUUACAUGGGACUAUGGGUUUGUCCUUGUGUGGGGAGGUCUCAGAGGAGCAGUUGGAUUGGCGCUCGUCCUGAUCGCUCAGCAUUCCAUGUCACCCGAGACUGCAAAUCAGUUGCUCAUUCAAGUAUCGGGAAUCAUAUUUUUGACACUAGUCUUCAAUGCUCCUACUAUGAGGACUUGGCUGAAACUUUUAGGUGUUGGGACCGUUACCCCCAAAGGUAAGAAAUGCAUGACUCAAGCAGUCAAUCUGUUGCGAGAUGCAGUCAGCAUGACUGAGAAAGUGACUCGAAUGGACAAGCAUAUGACGGGUGUCGACUGGAUGUGGGUGAGGAGUGUGACGCAUGUUAAAAAUCCUUAUUCAGAUGAAAAGGACAUGUCAGCUAAUAUUCCCGCAACUUUUGACGAAAACCGAGGGCGAUGUCCGAGUUGCAAAGCAGAAAUCAAAAUCGCUCCAAAUGAAGAAGAAAGGCGAGGAUUGGAGGAAGAUUCGAGACUUCGUAUUCUGAAGGCAUUUGAGAGCUCUGUUUGGAAUCAGCACAGUCAUUAUGGAAUAUUGCGAAGAACACUCCGUCAUUUGAGCUCCUGCGUUGAAAAUGCUAUAGAUGAACCAGGAAAGUACAUAAUGGCUGAAGAUGUGACUCGAAAUUUUCUAAAAAUUAGUAAACUUACUCGACGCACGAAAAGAUUCAUGAAAAAACUCUUAUCCAAGCUACGCAUUGAGGAUAGAGCGAGCAUUGUAAGCGUUUACCUCAAGAACUUGCAGAUGGAGCUAACAGGAUUCCGUAGAUGGUGUCUGAAUCACUACAUCAGCAGAAAACUCGGUGUAAUCCUCUUUUGGGUGAUGCUGCUGAAUAUCGUACCGAUUGCCGGAGAGAUUUUCAGCCUUCUCUUCGAAAAGAUUCAGAAGAGUACCAGGCAGCGAUUUGAGCGGGAAUUUAUCGUAUUCGAAGUUCUUAAUGGAGUUGCGACCUUGUUUUAUGUCUACGAUGCCUUUGUCGGCCUGGUAGGAAUGGGAUGUCGUCAAUACUUUCACAGUCAUGGUAACAAAAUCGACUUCUUCGUGACAACCGUUGCAGUGGCGCAGGCUUUAUUUGACAUUGUGAUUAUAUCCGCCUUCCGAACAAACUAUCCUUUCGAAUUUAUUUACGCCCUGGUGUCCAUGAGCUGCAUUAGGCUUCUGCGACUGGUUUGGGUUACUAUGUCAGGAAUUCUCAUCAGUGUAAUGGACGAAGCUUGUUCAGUAAUCUACAAUGCUUACGACUUAGGAGUAGGAUUUCUGAUUGCCAACGAAGAGAUUGCUAAAACUGCUACUAAAAUUGUAGAUUACGAACCAAGCUCUGAUUUGGCACAAUUUACAGCAGAAAACAAUAUUGCACUGGCAUUAUCAUCCAUGGACGAUAUCGAAUCGAAAUUCCCUGAUGUGACUUGUGCAUGGAAGACGCAACGAGCAGCAGUUUAUGUAUUGAGGGACAUGAAGCAUGCCGUCGAAAAGAUGUUGGAUAUUUACAUGUUGGACGAAACUGAUGCUGAAAUGUUAUUAGAAGAUAAAAGUAACAGUAGCUGCUACUCCGAUGGCGAUACAGUCCAUGAAUCCGGAACAGAGCAACAUGAUGUAAAGAUUAUUACUUCAGGAAUUGUACAGGUCAGUGGUACAAAUGACGAAUCAAAAAGUAACCGUCUUCCGAACACAGAUUCUUUAUGGUACUUUCUAAAACCUGGAACAUUCUGCGAAUAUCUUAUAUCACCAGACACUCUUGGUAUUCUGGGUUAUCUUUUAAGAUCAAAGAGUGUAACAUCAGCAAUUUGUACCAAAGAAAGUGAGUUGAUGAAUGUCAGCUACAGAACUCUGGAGGAGGCUGAAUAUCGAUUUGGAGAUCUUUCAUUUCGCAUGUGGAGGCCCAUAGCCUUGAAAAUCGCUCAGUUCAUAAUAGAAGAAGAGGAAAUUUAUGAGUAUUGGUCAGAGGAACGAAUCAAGAUUCAUCUAGAAGAAGGUAUAUUUCCUGAUCUCUCGGAUACAGAGAUCUUCGAAGUUCACGAGGCUAUUGCAGACAUGGUUUUGAUCCAAGGAAAUGCUCUGGACUUCGACACGGAUGUUCUUUAUACUGGUCCUGUUUAUAUCCCUAGCACAGUCCGCAAGCUGCAUUUGAUUGAUGAUCCCGCAAGUCGUCCGAGAGUCGUUAUGAUUUUGCUUCGAGAAGAGAAGUACCAUUCACCGACACUAAUGGGAUGGAUAAAGCCAAAAGACAUAUCUUAUAAAGGACUUUGCUUGGUUCACGGCAUUAGAAGAGCAAGCUUAUAUGGAGUAGAAAAUCGCAUUGGUAAAGUAUAUACCUCAGAACCGGAAGGUUCAGGGUUCAAGAAAUGGUUCUAA